GCCGGUUCCUCGGUGCAUCAAAGCAACGAAUGACUUCUUGCUUACCAACCAAAAUGACGACUGUAGGUUAUAUUAACGCCUCCAACUUCGGUCUGAACACCACUCCCAAGACUGCAGUGCAGUAAGAAGCACCAGACAUCACCAGACAUCCGAGUCAGCGAUAGCGCAGCAUUAUCGGUGGUCUACUGGAUCACAUUGUCUGCAGUUACCUCGAUUCAACACCGUCUUAAAGAUGGUCUUCAAGUAUCAUUGUUUGGUGUGGGCCCUCUGCAUCAUCACUGAGGCUAUGGGGCAAACUUGCCAGCCGGCGACCACGGCAUGGAGUCGCCUCCCUGGAGCCUUGAAGCACGUAUCAGUGGGUCUGUCAGGAGUAUGGGGCGUCAACGUUCACGACAACAUCUACUACAGAGGCAACUCGUACGGUGAGGAAGAGAGCGCAACCUGUGCGGCCUGGCAACAAAUCGGUGGGGCUCUGAAACAGCUUGACGUGGGGAAGAACGUAGUGUGGGGCGUUAACUCAAACGAUAACAUCUAUUAUAGACAAGGCAUAUCCGCGACUAAUCCAACUGGUACGGGAUGGGCACAGGUGUCUGGGGCCUUGAAACACGUCAGUGUUAGUCAAAAUGGGCAUGUUUGGGGGGUUAACGUGAAUGACAACAUCUAUCACCGCAUUGGGGCAAGCAACUGCAACCAGGGCGGGGACUCUUGGAGGCAGAUUGGAGGGGCAUUGAAGCAGAUCUCGGUGGGUAACUCCGGGGUGUGGGGUGUGAAUUCGGGCGAUAAUAUCUACCACAGGGUGGGUACUUACGGUGACCUGCCCUCUGACCCAGACGGCACUGGGUGGAGACAGGUCUCAGGCGCGCUCAAGUAUAUCAGUUCGGCUGACAUGGUGUACGGGGUUAACGCCGGGGAUGCGAUCUACUAUCGAGGGGGUGUGACGGCCGCCACACCCUGGGGUAGCACUUGGCAUCAGAUCGGAGGGGCCGCGAAGCAAGUUGAGUCUCUGUCGUGCCUGGUGUGGGUAGUCAACUCCAGCGACAAUAUUUGGAAAAAGAAAACUGACCGCCUCCAACUUCGGUCUGAACACCACUCCCAAGACUGCAUUGCAGUAAGAAGCACCAGACAUCACCAGACAUCCGAGUCAGCGAUAGCGCAGCAUUAUCGGUGGUCUACUGGAUCACAUUGUCUGCAGUUACCUCGAUUCAACACCGUCUUAAAGAUGGUCUUCAAGUAUCAUUGUUUGGUGUGGGCCCUCUGCAUCAUCACUGAGGCUCUUGGGCAAACUUGCGCUUGCCAGCCGGCGACCACGGCAUGGAGUCGCCUCCCUGGAGCCUUGAAGCACGUAUCAGUGGGUCUGUCAGGAGUAUGGGGCGUCAACUUUCACGACAACAUCUACUACAGAGGCAACUCGUACGGUGAGGAAGAGAGCGCAACCUGUGCGGCCUGGCAACAAAUCGGUGGGGCUCUGAAACAGCUUGACGUGGGGAGGAACGUAGUGUGGGGCGUUAACUCAAACGAUAACAUCUAUUAUAGACAAGGCAUAUCCGCGACUAAUCCAACUGGUACGGGAUGGGCACAGGUGUCUGGGGCCUUGAAACACGUCAGUGUUAGUCAAAAUGGGCAUGUUUGGGGGGUUAACGUGCAUGACAGCAUCUAUCACCGCAUUGGGGCAAGCAACUGCAACCAGGGCGGGGACUCUUGGAGGCAGAUUGGAGGGGCAUUGAAGCAGAUCUCGGUGGGUAACUCCGGGGUGUGGGGUGUGAAUGCGGGCGAUAAUAUCUACUACAGGUUGGGUACUUACGGUGACCUGCCCUCUGACCCAGACGGCACUGGGUGGAGACAGGUCUCAGGCGCGCUCAAGUAUAUCAGUUCGGCUGACAUGGUGUACGGGGUUAACGCCGGGGAUGCGAUCUACUAUCGAGGGGGUGUGACGCCCGCCACACCCUGGGGUAGCACUUGGCAUCAGAUCGGAGGGGCCGCGAAGCAAGUUGAGUCUCUGUCGUGCCUGGUGUGGGUAGUCAACUCCAGCGACAAUAUUUGGAAAAAGAAAACUGACUAAAAGGGAUUCUCGAUCAGGAAGGCAAACGUACGACACGCACUGCAAAUCAAAAAGCAGUGUCAAUUUGACACCGGUGGUAUCUAUAUAGGACUACCGGUGUUCAAUUUACACUGCAGGUUUGCAGUGAAAACGGUACUGGUUUGAGACCUGGUUAAUUGAUAAUCACUUGAAAUUAAUAAAUGCAUGAGUUUUAUCUUCUGCUAAGAUUAUACUUUAAUUAGAUCUAUACAUCUGGGUUAUGUGUCUUUCAAGAAACAAAUCUCAUCAUGGUUCAAAUUCUGCUGAACCUUGUCCAAUGUUAA